AUGACACAGGGGAAAGAGCACUCUAGGCUGGCUGUAGCAGGCGUCGUCGUCUUCUAUCUUACAGCAGCUAUCGUGAUGGUACUCGUGAAUAAGGCUGUGCUCAACGUUAGCAACACGCCGCCACUCUUUUUUCUUUUUAUUCAGCUCGCUAUAGCGGUCCUCCUGCUUCUGAUCAGCCACGCCGUUAAGCUGGUGCGACUACCGCGGAUAGAGAAGAAGGUUGUUCGAGGAUUGUGGAAGCUGAUUGGAGUGAAUGUCGCUGGAUUGAGCUUCAACAACUACUGCCUGAAAUACAUUGACGCGUCUUUCUACCAGGUGGCGCGUGGACUGGUACUGCCCAUCACCGUCAUCAUAAGCUAUGCGUUCCUCAAAACCCGCCCAAGUAACUGGAUUCUGUGCGCGUGUUUCAUCAUAUGUCUCGGUUUUUUCACCUCAGUCCAUCCCGGCAACGCGCACCUGAAUAUGCGUGGUAUAAUCUUCGGGCUGCUCUCAUCGCUCACUACUGCAGCACAUGCUGUGGUCAUUAAGACCAGUCUUCCUGUCGUCGGCGGUUCAACGAUUGACAUGGCGUAUUAUGUCAAUCUAUUCUCAGCACUCCUCUUCGUGCCGCUGUCCGUUAUCAUGGGUGAGCUGCCAACCAUCUACGCCCUCUUCUUUCACACCAACGCCCACGAUCUGUCCGUCUUCUCGAUCGGCGCUGCCCUCACUGGCGUCGUCGGGUUCCUCAUCUGCAUAGCGGGUUUCUUGUCCAUCAAGGUGACUUCCCCAAUCACCCAUAUGGUCAGCUCGGCAGUGCGGUCAGCGCUGAUGGCCGUUCUAGGAGUGGUCUUAUUUGACGAGCACCUCUCCUCUGAGAAGAUAGCGAGUAUCGUGAUUAUAGUGCUGGGUAGCGUGUUCUACACUUGGAUCAAGGAUAGGGAAAGCAGGGCGGCUGCGAGGGCAGACCACGACUAUGAGCAUCUCGAUCAGCAGCCUCUCGAGACGAUUCACGUCGAUGGUCAGAGUGAUGGGUCGGGCGAGCGUGAUGGCGACGUGAACAUUCUCUUCGAAGCUCCUCCUGAAUAUGAUUAUAGCGAGGAGCAGCAGCUCAAGAAGCAAACAGCACACAGCAGCUUUUAA